GCUAACGUAUCCAUCUUACCCAACCACUACUGUGUGUUGUUUAGACUUUGAAAUAUUAGAGCUGAUAUUGAUAGUUUUGUAUAAGCAAGGUUUGAAUGGAGGUUGAAGGAGGUGGAUUUGGUACGGCGGACUUCGUUGUAUUGGGAGUUGCUUUAUUCCUGUCUCUGGCUAUCGGGAUCUAUUAUGCGAUCACAGAUAGAUCGGAUAACUCGACUGAGAAUUACUACUUCGGGAACCACACCAUGUCACCGUGGCCGGUGGGUUUAUCUAUAUCCGUGAGCUUCAUAUCCGCUAUCACGGUCAUAGCGUUACCGGGGGAGGUCUACAUGUACGGUACAGUGAUGCUAUGGACGGCAUUUGCGUUCACAAUUCCUGUUAUCUUUGUUUGCUGUUACUACAUACCACUCUUCUAUCGACUAAAGCUAAAGUCAGUAUACGAGUAUCUGGAGCUCCGAUUCAAUACAACUUUACGACGGCUUACUUCUGCACUCAUAGUUUUCACAUUCGUUAUAUACACGGGAAUCACAAUCUACGUGCCUGCACUUGUUAUAACUGCUGUCACACCGCUGAAACUCAACUGGUCUAUAGCGCUCACAAGUUUAAUAUGCACCUUAUAUACAACGGUGGUAAGCACAUAUGGCUGUUGUUUUCAGGGCCAAGCCAUAGAAAUUGUAAUUUGUAGAUUCAAAAUUAUGGUGCUAGUGAAGAUUCUACCCCCCCCCCACCUUAUUUGCUAACCACUAACCCCUAUA